ACGUAUUUUCCAGGGCAUCGAUCGAUCGGAGGAGACGAGGGGGCGAGCGAGCGAACACCGGCCGGUCGAUCGAUAUGGCUGAUCUGAAGCUGCUGGGCGCGGUGUCCGGCGUGAGCCCGUACGUGAUCCGCGCCCAGAUGGCGCUCGCCGUGAAGGGCCUGGCGCACGACUACCUCCCCGAGGACCUCGCCCGCAAGAGCCAGCUCCUCCUCGACAGCAACCCGGUGCACAGGUCGGUCCCCGUCCUGAUCCACGGCGGCAAGCCUGUCUGCGACUCGCUGGUCAUCGUCGAGUACGUCGACGAGGCGUUCCCCGGCGCCGGCGCCGCCGCCCUGCUCCCCGCCGACCCCUACGACCGCGCCGUCGCCCGCUUCUGGGCCGCCUUCAUCGACACCAAGGUGUUCCCUCCGUGCCUUGCAAUCCUGGAGGCGGCGGCGACGAAGCCGUCGGAGGAGGAGGAGAAGGCGGCGAAGGCGAAGGAGACCGUGGAGGCGCUCCGGCUCGUGGAGGGGGCCUUCGGUGAGUGCUCCAAGGGGAAGCCAUUCUUCGGCGGCGACGCCGUCGGCUACCUCGACAUCGUGCUCGGGUGCUACCUGUGCUGGUUCAAGGGUGCCGGCGACAUAACUGGCGUGGCGCCGCUCCUCGACGCGGCGAGGACGCCGGAGCUGGCCGCGUGGGCGGCGCGCUUCAGGGCGGCCGAAGCGGUCGGCUGCUUGGUUCCUGGGGUGGAAAAGGUCGAGGCGUACCUGAACAAGGUGCUCAAGCCGAAGUGGGCGGCGGCGGCGUCCAGCACUUACACGAAACAGUGCCCCGACGAGGACGCAAGCAUCUCUUUGCUCCAAGGUGAAAACUGUUUCUGCAAACCAAGCAGCUUGCAGGCAGAAAUGGCGGCAGGGGCAGGAGACGAGCUCAAGUUGCUGGGCGUGUGGGACAGCCCGUACGUGAACAGGGUGCAGAUCGCGCUUAAUCUCAAGGGCCUGAGCUACGAGUACGUCGAGGAGGAUCUCAUGAACAAGAGCGAGCUACUGCUCAGCUCCAACCCGGUGCACAGGAAGGUCCCCGUGCUCAUCCACAACGGCAAGCCCAUCGCCGAGUCGCAGCUCAUCGUGCAGUACCUCGACGAGGCCUUCGCCGGCACGGGCGCCUCCGUCCUCCCCGCCGACCCCCACGAACGCGCCGUCGCCCGCUUCUGGGCCGCCUACGUCGACGACCAGGUGGGGUCGCCGUGGUACACGAUCCUGUUCGCCCGAGAGAAGGAGGAGAAGGUCGAGGCGGCGGCGCGGGCCGUCUCCGCGCUGGAAACGUUGGAGGGCGCGCUCCGGGACCUCUCUGAGGCGAAGACGUCGGCGGCGCUGUUCUUCGGCGGCGACGGCAUCGGGUUCGUGGACGUCGUGCUCGGCAGCUACCUGGGGUGGUUCAGGGUGAUCGAGAAGAUGAUCGGCGUCAGGAUCCUGGACGCCGCGAGGACGCCGCGGCUGGCGGCGUGGGCGGAGCGGUUCGAGGCGGCGGACGCGGUGAGGGGCGUCCUCCCCGACGACGUCGACAAGGUGAUCGACUUCUUACAGACGUUCCUCCAUUAGAGGGUCGUACGUGUGGUUGGUGCUCUGCUCUGUUCUACGCGAAUCAGUUGUAUAGAGCAGUUUCCUUUUUAUGUAUA